AUGCCGGCCUCGCCUGGCGAAGGAGGCUCUCCUGGAAGGCUCUUACCAGGUUUUAACGGGCAGUUCUGCCAGCGGAGACCACAGGCGGCUCCUAGUCCACCUCCAGUCCUUCGCCUGGUCCUGCUAACGCUGUGCGGCAUCCUGGUCCCUGCUGUGCUGGCAGCAGAGUACCCGCAGGGCCCGGUCCCCACCCUCUGGAACGAGCCGCCCGAGCUGCCCUCUGGAGCCGGCCCCUUCGAUGCCGCCACCACCACAGCCCGGCUCUCAGAUGCCACCGCCUUCCCCCCAUACACCUCCGAGCUGGAGCCCGAGGACACCACCCACCUGCACCGGCUGGACACCGGGAAUGGCUCGCUGGGGCCCGGAGCGAUCGGAGCCAUUGUCAUCGCCUCCCUCCUGGGUACGUCUGUGCUUGUGGCCUUGGUCGUCAUCACGCUGAGAAAGUUCUCGGCCUCCUGA